UCACUCGCUAUGGGGAAAGCCAGCCAGUCCAACAGCUCUAUGGAGAGAUCUAGGCUGUGAGAAGGAGACAUACCUGCCAGAGCCUGUUAGCAUAGGUGGCCUUCUGUUAACAGCCAUGUGAAUGAGCCACCUUAGGAACACGGCUUCUGGCUUCCGUCAAGUCUUCCGAUGACCGCAUUCUCAGCAGCAUCUCAGCUCACCGGCUGAGUUGUCCUUUGUGCACUCCUGGGCCACACAAUCAAUCGACUCCACAGAGAAGAAGAAAACAAAGUAGACUGUUGGCUGAGGUAUAUGCGGUACUUAGACUGUUGCUGAGGUAUAUGCGGUACUUAGUAAUACCUUGUACAAGCAGCAGAGUCCUGGGAGUUGUUUGUACUGUUGCUGCUGAGGAAGAGUUCAUAGAAGACCACUGACACGUGAGAAAUCAAGCAGAAGACUGAGCUGCUGAUGUCAGUUAACUCUGAGAAGUCGUCCUCUUCAGAAAGGCCGGAGCCUCAACAGAAAGCUCCUUUAGUUCCUCCUCCACCACCACCACCACCGCCACCACCACUGCCAGACCCCGUGCCCCCAGAGCCAGAGGAGGAGAUUCUGGGGUCAGAUGAUGAGGAGCAGGAGGACCCCGCAGAUUACUGCAAAGGUGGCUAUCAUCCAGUGAAAAUUGGAGAUCUCUUCAAUGGUCGAUAUCAUGUCAUUAGAAAGCUAGGAUGGGGGCACUUUUCUACUGUAUGGCUGUGCUGGGAUAUGCAAGGGAAAAGAUUUGUUGCAAUGAAAGUUGUAAAAAGUGCCCAGCAUUAUACAGAGACAGCCUUGGAUGAAAUUAAACUGCUCAAAUGCGUUCGAGAAAGUGACCCCAGUGACCCAAACAAAGACAUGGUAGUUCAGCUAAUUGAUGACUUCAAGAUCUCAGGCAUGAAUGGGAUACAUGUCUGCAUGGUCUUUGAAGUACUUGGUCACCAUCUCCUCAAAUGGAUCAUCAAAUCCAACUAUCAAGGCCUCCCAGUACGUUGUGUGAAGAGUAUCAUUCGACAGGUCCUUCAAGGGUUAGAUUAUCUACACAGUAAGUGCAAGAUAAUUCACACUGACAUAAAGCCGGAAAACAUCUUGAUGUGUGUGGAUGACGCUUACGUGAGAAGAAUGGCGGCCGAAGCCACUGAGUGGCAGAAAGCAGGUGCUCCUCCUCCCUCUGGGUCUGCAGUGAGUACGGCUCCACAGCAAAAACCUAUAGGAAAAAUAUCUAAAAACAAAAAGAAAAAGCUGAAAAAGAAACAGAAGAGACAGGCUGAGUUGCUGGAGAAACGCCUACAGGAGAUUGAGGAAUUGGAGCGAGAAGCUGAAAGGAAAAUCCUAGAGGAGAACAUCACCUCUGCAGAAGCUUCCGGGGAGCAGGAUGGAGAGUACCAGCCGGAGGUGACACUGAAAGCAGCCGACUUAGAGGAUACAACUGAGGAAGAGACAGCAAAGGAUAAUGGUGAAGUUGAAGACCAGGAAGAGAAAGAAGACGCAGAGAAGGAAAACGUGGAGAAGGAUGAAGAUGAUGUUGAACAGGAACUUGCAAACAUAGACCCUACCUGGAUGGAGUCCCCGAAAGCCAAUGGCCAUAUUGAGAAUGGCCCGUUUUCACUGGAGCAGCAGCUGGAGGAUGAAGAGGAGGAUGAAGAUGACUGUGCAAAUCCCGAGGAGUAUAACCUCGACGAGCCAAAUGCCGAGAGUGAUUACACUUAUAGCAGCUCCUAUGAACAAUUCAAUGGUGAAUUGCCAAAUGGACAACAUAAGAGUUCAGAGUUUCCCACACCGUUGUUUUCUGGGCCCUUAGAACCUGUGGCCUGUGGCUCUGUGAUUUCAGAGGGAUCGCCACUUACUGAGCAGGAGGAAAGCAGUCCCUCCCAUGACAGAAGCAGGACAGUUUCAGCCUCUAGUACUGGAGAUUUGCCAAAAACAAAAACCCGGGCGGCUGACCUGUUGGUGAACCCUCUGGACCCACGGAAUGCAGAUAAAAUUAGAGUAAAAAUUGCUGACCUGGGAAAUGCUUGUUGGGUGCAUAAACAUUUCACAGAGGAUAUCCAGACACGUCAGUAUAGGUCCAUAGAGGUUUUGAUAGGAGCAGGCUACAGCACACCCGCAGACAUUUGGAGUACAGCAUGCAUGGCCUUUGAGCUCGCCACAGGAGACUAUUUGUUCGAACCGCAUUCUGGGGAAGACUAUUCCAGAGAUGAAGACCACAUAGCCCACAUCAUAGAGCUGCUAGGCAGUAUCCCAAGGCACUUUGCUCUGUCUGGAAAAUAUUCUCGGGAAUUCUUCAAUCGCAGAGAUCACAUAGCAUUGAUCAUUGAACUGCUGGGGAAAGUCCCUCGAAAAUACGCUAUGUUGGGGAAAUAUUCCAAGGAGUUUUUCACCAGAAAAGGAGAACUGCGGCACAUCACCAAGCUGAAGCCCUGGAGCCUCUUUGAUGUACUUGUGGAAAAGUAUGGCUGGCCCCAUGAAGAUGCUGCACAAUUUACCGAUUUCCUGAUCCCAAUGUUAGAGAUGGUUCCAGAAAAACGAGCCUCAGCUGGCGAAUGCCUUCGACAUCCUUGGUUGAAUUCUUAGCAGAUUCUACAAAUAUAGCAUUCUGAGCUAGCAAAUUUCUCCCAGUACAUUGGACCUACACAGUGGCUCUCAUUCUUUAAGAGGAUUACCAGUGAGCUGGCUCCACCCUCAGACCUUUGUUGUGCUUUUGAGGUACUGUUGUUUGACACUUUGCUUCCUGUGCACCACGGUCCUGGGGAAGGCUGGUCUUUGUCUUCAGCUAAGUAGUUUACUGGCCAUUUUCUUCUGGAAACAAUAACAUGUCUCUAAGCAUUGUUUCUUGUGUUGUGUGACAUUCAAAUGUCAUUUUUUUUUUGAACGAAAAAUACUUUCCCCUUUGUGUUUUGGCAGGUUCUGUAACUAUUUAUGAAGACAUAUUUUAGCUGAGUAUUAUAUAAUUUACAAUCUUAAGAAAUUAUCAGUUGGAACCAAGAAAGAGCAAGGAAAUGUACAAUUUUAUCUUCUGGCAAAGGGAAAUCAUUCCUGUAUUAUAAUAGUGUAUGUAACUAUUACUUUGCAUAAAUAGGGGAUGAGGAUUCACAUUCAGAAAAGCUACCCAGUCCUGAGCGCUUUUUGGCCUACAUUGCAUGUUGCAGAUUUCCACUGCUUCAAGAAGUUGCACAAACUUUUCAUUCCAUAACAACCCAAGUGGUUCUGGAUGACGUGCCAUGCCCUCUGUGGCACUUUAAAGAGAGAAAAACUUUAAAAAUUUGACACUAUAAUCUAGCAGUUCCAUUUGUAUUUUGCAUAUUUUUAAGCUAUGUUUAAAGUAUCAGUCAUUUCCACUUAAAAUGUGAUGGCCCAAUCCCCUGUAGCGUCACCUCUCACCAGCACUGUAAGUUAAAUACGUAGAUUAAAUUGGACAAGAGAAAUAUGUUCAGUGUGUGGAAUGAAAAAAAUAUUUUUGGAAAAGCAUGAUCGUGUUUGUUUAAAACACAAGGUGUGGCUUAUACAGUUUGCAAUGCAGUGGACCGAACACUCCUCACAGCUUAAAGGUAACAGCGACCAUGUCCAUGCCGUCCGUAGGCAGCUUCCCUUGCUGUAGCAGCUUCCCUUGCCUUUUCCUUACCUCCCAUGAAUGAGAAGGUCAUUUCCCCUUUGCAGACCGCAUACAGUUUUAGUUUAUGCAUUUCCUUAAAAUUAACUGUAGAAUCCAGGAUACAAACCAUUAGUAGGCAAUACUAUUUUAGAAUGUAACAUAGGAGGUGUAUUUAGCCUCUUUUAGAAGUCAGUGGGUUGAAUGUCUUUUUUUAAAAAAUUUUUAUUCAUUAAGGUGCCUCGUUUUUCUUGACUUUGUCCAUUAACAUUUAUUCAUAUGCCUUUGCAAUAAUUAGAUUGUGAAAAGCUAACAAGUGUUGUAACAAUAAUCCUUUGUUUGGGGUGCUUGCACUUGUCUUAAAAAUUAAAGUGUUUUGGGGUGUUUUUCCAGA